AUGGAGGCCACUGGUGAAAGAGAAGCAGAAGGAAUAAUAAAGAGCACUGGAGCUCCGGCAGGAUCAGAAGCAGUAGGAAUGGGGCAACAGGAUCAGGCGACUGGAAACAGAAUAAGGAAGAGGCAAAUUAGAGCAAUGGUGGCGGUGGAUGACAGCCAGGAAAGCUCCUAUGCACUGAAAUGGACCCUGGAUAAGCUUUUGAAUUUCAGUGAUAAUAUUGAUAUUCCAUCGGCUGGUACAACGCUUCCGGGUGAAACUACAACUGAUCCUUCUCAUAGGCUUCUUGGCGAAUCUUCUUCCAACAACAGGGUGACCUUAGUCCAUGUCAUGGAGCCUCUGCCUCAUUACGCCUACCCCCGCGGCGGAUACGUGGUGGAAAGUGCGACUAAAACCCAAGAACAUAAUGCUGAUAAGAUCCUCUCCCGUGCCUUCCAACUGUGCAUGGAGAAAAAGGUGGCAGCGGAGAAGCUAGUACUGGAGGGAGAUCCGAAGCAAAAGAUUUGUGAAGCAGCAGAUAACAUGCGGGUUGAUGUUCUUGUGGUUGGCAGCCGUGGACUUGGUCAGAUCAAGAGGGCGUUGCUGGGAAGCGUGAGUGACUACUGUGCUCAUCAUGCAAGGUGCCCGGUACUCAUUGUGAAGCUCCCCAAGGAAUCUCAUCACUGA